AACUAACUUCGGCAUUUCCCACACCUUCCUUAACUAACAUCAAAUCCAAACUAAUAAAUAAAUCCCCAAAUUCUAGGUUUCAAAAUCUCUAAAAAUCCAAACAAAAAAUCCUAAAAAUUCUCUCCUUUCAAUGAGAUUACCAGGGGCAGACCUCUUCGGUCCUCGAAUUGGAAUGGACUCGGACUUCUCUCCGGUCGAGUAUCGGUCUGACUAUGAUUUCGGUUUCGCUUUCAAUGACAGUAAUUUCUCCGAUAGGGUCUUAAAGAUUGAGAUCGUUGCUGAUUUGCCAGAUGCAAAAUCAGUCGGUGAUGGUUGUUCUAGCAUCACUGAGUGGGCCCGUAACAGAAAGAGAAGAAGAGAGGAUAUUAUGAAAGAUAAAGCUGUGGAAGUUGUGGGGCAAAACAAGGACGAGCAGGUACUGAAUUUUAAUAUUCCAGACACAGAGAAUAAUGUGGCUUAUGAAAAUCAAGAUGUAGAAGCUGUAGUCAUGACUGAGGGGUCUCCUACAGAUGCUCAAUUGGAUUUUAAUCAACGUGGUGAUGCUGCUGGUCCAAGCAGUGACUCAUCCUGGAGCAUGGAUUGUUCAACAAUUCUAAGAGUUAAGUGUAUAUAUAUUAGCUCUGCAAUAUUGGCAGCCAAGAGUCUGUUUUUUCACAAGUUAUUUUUAAAUGGGAUAAAGGAGUCAGAGCAGCGAGACGUAACUGUACAGAUACAUGCCUCUGAAGAAGAGGCCUUAUUGGACCUCCUCAAUUUUAUGUACAGUAAUACCUUAUCGGCAACCCGAGCUACUGCUUUGCUGGAUGUGCUCUUGGCUGCUGACAAAUUCAAGGUUGCAUCAUGUAUGAGAUAUUGCAGCAGGUUAUUGCGCAGCAUUCCAAUGACCUGUGAAUCUGCUUUGCUCUACUUGGACCUUCCUUCAAGUAUUUUAAUGGCAGAAGCAGUUCAGCCCCUGACAGAUGCAGCAAAGCAGUUUCUUGCUGUAAAAUACAAAGAAAUAUCAAAGUUUCAGGAAGAGGUGCUUAAAUUGCCUUUGGCUGGUAUUGAGGCAGUGCUAUCCAGUGAUGAUCUCCAGGCAGCUUCAGAGGAUACUCUUUACGACUUAGUGCUUAAGUGGGCUCGUACUCAUUAUCCAAAAUUGGAGGAGCGAAAAGAAGUUCUUGCCAAACGACUAGUUCUAUUAAUCCGUUUCCCUUACAUGACCUGUCGAAAACUGAAGAAGGUUUUAAAUUGCAAUGAGUUUCACCCAGAACUUGCAUCCAAGGUUGUGCUUGAGGCCUUGUUUUUCAAGGCUGAAACAUCACAUAGGCAGCGUGCUAUUGCAGCAGAUGAGCCAAAUGCUGUCAAUCGUCGCUUUGUGGAGCGGGCAUACAAGUAUCGACCAGUCAAGGUGGUUGAGCUUGAACUUCCUCAUCAGCAGUGUGUGGUCUACCUGGACUUGAAGCGGGAGGAGUGUGCACAACUAUUUCCAACUGGCCGGGUGUACUCACAAGCAUUUCACCUGGGUGGACAGGGAUUUUUCUUGUCUGCUCACUGCAACAUGGACCAACAGGGCACGUACCACUGCUUUGGACUUUUUCUGGGAAUGCAAGAAAAAGGUUCAGUGAGCUUUGCUGUCGACUAUGAGUUUGCAGCCAGGUCAAAGCAAACUGAGGAGUAUGUGAGCAAGUACAAAGGAAACUACACUUUCACAGGUGGGAAGGCAGUUGGGUAUCGAAACCUGUUUGGUGUACACUGGCAAGCAUUCAUAGAAGAUGACAGCAAUAAUUUUAUUAAUGGCAUCCUCCAUCUCAGGGCUGAGCUUACCAUAAGGCAAUAAGUUUUUAUCUCCAAGACAUGGCUUUUUGGAGGCUCAGGUUGAUUUUGGGUUUUCCAGGCUGCUGUUAUUUGAUAUAUUCAUUCCAGACAUGCCACGUUGUGAUGGUGAAAGUAAUGUAUUUUGACCUCGCUAGAUGAAUUGUAGUUACUGAUCGAGCAAUUAUUUAUUUAUUUUUUUCAUGCUCAUUUCCUUUCCGCUGAGGGGAGGAAAAACAGGGGGGGGGGGGGGGGGGAUGUUAGAGCUUAGAUCAUAUUGACUUGGAUACUUUUGUUGGUGACCCAGAUGCAUUUGAGCUCAUGAUUUUAGCAGGAAAUUUUCAAAUAUUCA